UUCCCGACUUAGGCUAAAGAGAGACGUUAUGGCUAGGAACAUGGGACCGCUUAUUUUCUCCAUUCUCUUGAUUAUAGCAGUCAACGCAAAUCCUGAAAAUUCACAGGGACGAAAGUCAUUCAAAGGAUAUCAGGUUCUAUCAGUUCGCGCUGAAAAUGAAAUGCAGCUCGAGUACCUGAACCUUCUGCAGGCUGGACCGGAAAUCGACCUUUUCCAAGUCCCCUCUUUGGCCCAAAAGACGGAUAUCCUCGUCCCACCUAAUCGACUGGGAGAGGUAAAGAAAUCCCUGAAGAAGAUGAAACUGGAUUUUAAAAUUAUUAAUAAGGACAUGGAAAAAACCAUUGAGCGGGAGCGCCAAGAAAUGGCAACAAGAGCGACCAACGACAUCUGGACCACCUAUCUCAUGUGGGAAGACUUUGAGCUUUGGCUGCAAGAGAAAAGUACAAAUUUCCCAGGAAUGAUGGAACUAAAGAGCAUCGGUAAAUCUAUUGAGGGCAGGGACAUCUGGCAGGUCAAGGUUGCCGCGGAUGUUAACGCACCGAAAAAGCCAGCCAUGUAUAUCGAAUGCCUUGCGCAUGCCCGGGAAUGGAUCACAGGGUCUACGUGCCUUGGGAGUAUUGAUAUUCUGACGGCUAACUAUGGCAAAACUGGUACUCUGGGACAACAAGCUACGUUUAUGCUGGAUAAGUUUGACUGGUACUUUAUUCCCAUGAUGAACCCGGACGGUUACAACUUCUCUAAACAAAACCGACUCUGGCGUAAGAAUAGGAGAGUCAAUGUUGUCUCCUCAUGUCCAGGCGUGGAUCUCAACAGGAAUUUUGCAGCUGACUGGGGUGGUGCGGGCUCAUCCAGUAACUGGUGCUCUGACACUUACCGCGGAGAAAGUGCGAACUCCGAGCCCGAGGCACAGGCAGUUAUCAAUGCUGUGGCGGAGACUGGUGACGUCAGAUCCUAUCUUUCUAUCCACUCUUAUUCUCAGCUUCUGCUCGUACCGUACGCCUAUGCCUCUGUCAAAGCACCCGACUACAAUGAACUGAAAAAUGUUGGAGAUAUCGCUAUGUUGGCGUUGAGACAGGUUAAUGGGGUCAGCUUUACCGUUGGACAUGGUCCAGAAAUCCUCUAUGCUGCAUCCGGUGGAGCCUUCGACUACUUCAAGCUGAAUGGUGUGAAGUAUGCAUACGUGUACGAGUUACGUCCCGCUAGCGGAUCCGGAACUGACGGUUUCAUACUUCCGGCGUCUGAAAUUGAUCCUAGCAUCCGGGAAACUUUUGCAUCAUUUUACAGCUUUGCCGACCAAAUACCAGCAUGAAAAGAUUCAUGCAAUCACUAAACAAUGGACAUCGAAUAUUGAUUUUGCUUUAAUUGUUGAUAUAUGAA